AUGGGACAGUCGAGUUCUAAUAUUAAGGAUGUGUAUAAAGAAAUUAAUACGCUCGAUGGCGAGUUUGGUGUAAUGACCAAUGGAUCAGAAUAUGCUAAUUCACUAAUCAAAAAUUAUUGUCGUUACACGAAUCCCUCAUUAAAUGGUUUAUGUUAUGGUUAUCUUCAUAGCGCUAGUUCUGGUGUUGCUUAUUUGCUAAAAAAUUUAAUGAAGUAUGGUUUAGAUUAUGAUAAACUUGCCGAAUACGCUAUUUUAUUUUUAAGUUAUAAACUAAAUCGGCAUCCAGAAGAUAAAAAUAAAUUCGCCAAAUUAAAUGAUUUUUUUACUUAUCGUAUGAGAUUUGAAAAGCAUUAUAAUAAUAAAAUAAAAGGUAAUGGUCCGACUUAUAAGGAAAUUAUAGAUAGAAAAAAAGAUUUGAUGAAUAUGAAUAUUAAAGAAAUAUAUAAAUUUAAUGAUCCAUUUAGUACAUUAUGUAAAUUGUAUAAUGAAAUUAACAAAAACAAUCUGGAUUGCAAAAAAUGUUCGGAAGAUGCUAAUAAAUUUGCUGAUCAAUUUAAUGAACUCAAUAAUGAUUCUAAUAUUAAUGGAAAUACUUCAUACAGCAAAUUAUUGUCUACAUUAUCAGAUGAUUAUUAUAAUUUAAAAAAGAUAUGUGAAAAUGAUCCAUCUAGUAAUUUUCCAACCCUUUCACCGGUAAAAACGCCACCAAACAAAUUACUUCCAGCUUUAUCGACAUUUUCUGUAAUACCAGCUUUCUUUGGAAUUGCUUAUAAGUAUUCAUUAUUUGGAAUUGAUAAACUAUUUCAAAGACAAUAUAUAAGAAAAAAAUUAAAACAAGUAAAGAAGAAAAUGAAACUUAAUAUAUGA